AUGGCACAACCACUCCCCCGAUUCUCGCGUCGAUUUCUUCAACAAUCUUCGCCCUUUCAAUCUCUCCCACGAACACGCAGCUUCCGUCCUCAGUUCCAUGCGAAUGCCAAAUCUACAAGAGGUUACUCAACAGGAGGACCUAGUAAAAGUCCAUUGAAGAUCUGGCCUUUUGUCGCUAUUACAUUGGUGGGAAGUGGUGCUUAUGCGUUGAUGGUUAGGAGUAGAGCUGGCACUGACAUGGCCCCUCCAACUCCCCAACUCCCUUCUCCCCCAAAACCAACCCCAACCUUCUCUCCCGAAAAAGUAACCAUCCUCUUCGUUCUCGGUGGCCCAGGAGCCGGAAAAGGUACUCAAUGCGCCAACCUCGUCCGAGACUACAACUUUACCCAUCUCUCCGCCGGGGAUCUAUUACGAGCUGAGCAAGAGCGUCCCGGCUCUGAAUUCGGAGAGAUGAUUAAAGAUUACAUCAAGAACGGUCUUAUAGUACCCAUGGAAGUAACAGUUCAACUGCUCGAAAACGCCAUGACGGAAGUCAUUUCCAAAUCCCCCACUGGAACUGGAAAGUUCUUGAUCGAUGGAUUUCCACGCAAAUUAGAUCAGGCGCAUAAAUUUGAAGAUACAGUUUGUAAAGGAAGAUACGUGUUGUUCUACGAUUGCCCCGAGGCGGAAAUGCAAAGAAGAUUGAUGGAGAGGGGAAAGACUAGCGGCAGAACAGAUGACAAUGCUGAGAGCAUUCAGAAGCGAUUCAAGGUUUUCAUCGAGACGAGUAUGCCGGUUGUGGAUUAUUUUGAAAAGCGGGGCAGAGUUAUUAAACUCGACGCUACAAAGACCCCAGAGGGGGUUUAUGAGGAGACUAGGAAGAAGUUGGAGGAGAAGUUGGGAAAGACAUUUUGA